AUGCUGUCGAAUCAUUUGCAUAACGGGAUCGAGGCGCCGAAGCUCGCCUGGUCUCGUCUUCCGAACUCGGAGGACGGCGAGCCUGACACCGUCGGCCUCAUCAAGAAGAGCGACGAGAGCAGCAUCGAGAGCCUCGACUAUGAAGUCAUUGAGAAUUACGCUUAUUGGGAAGAACAGGCUCAGAGAGGGAAGCUUUAUGUUGGAUAUUAUGUGAUGGUGAAGUGGUUCUUUGCUUUGCUCAUCGGUAUCGGCACUGGAUUAGCUGCUGUUUUCAUCAAUAUUUCCGUUGAGAACUUUGCAGGCUGGAAGUUUGCAUUGACAUUUGCUAUAAUACAAAAAUCAUACGUGGCUGGUUUUUUGGUAUACGUAUUAAUCAACUUAGUUUUGGUUUUUUCCUCUGUAUAUAUUGUUACACAAUUUGCACCCGCAGCAGCUGGUUCCGGUAUUCCAGAAAUCAAGGGAUAUUUGAAUGGGGUUGAUAUGCCUGGUAUACUUCUUUUCAGAACCUUGAUUGGAAAGAUAUUUGGGAGCAUUGGGUCAGUGGGAGGUGGUCUAGCUUUAGGCAAAGAGGGCCCUCUUGUUCAUACUGGUGCUUGUAUUGCUUCUUUGCUUGGACAAGGUGGAUCUUCAAAAUACCAUCUAAGAUCCAGGUGGCUACAAAUUUUUAAUAGCGACAGAGAUCGUCGGGAUCUGGUAACCUGUGGGUGUGCAGCUGGAGUUUCUGCUGCUUUUAGAGCUCCUGUUGGCGGCGUACUAUUUGCAUUGGAGGAAGUUACAUCAUGGUGGAAGAGUCAACUUAUGUGGCGGGUCUUUUUUACUUCUGCUAUUGUGGCUGUUGUGGUGCGUACUGCAAUGGGAUGGUGUAAGAGUGGAAAGUGUGGACAUUUUGGGUCAGGUGGCUUCAUAAUAUGGGACAUAUCAGAUGGUCAAGAGGACUACUCUUUUGAGGAGUUCUUGCCGAUGGCAGUUAUUGGAGUUAUUGGAGGUCUACUGGGAGCCUUAUUUAACCAGCUUACAUUUUAUAUUGCUUACUGGCGCCGGAAUUAUUUGCACAAAAAUGGGAAUCGAGUCAAGAUAAUUGAAGCGUGCCUCAUCUCUCUGAUAACAUCAAUUAUUUCCUUUGGUUUACCCCUUUUAAGAAAUUGCAGUCCAUGCCCUGAAGCAGAUCCAGAUUCUGGUAUUGAAUGCCCAAGGCCUCCAGGAAUGUAUGGGAAUUAUGUAAAUUUUUAUUGCAGCAAGGACAAGGAAUACAAUGAUCUGGCGACAAUUUUCUUCAACACUCAGGAUGAUGCAAUCAGGAACUUGUUUAGUGCAAAAACAAUUCAUGAGUAUAGUGCCCAAAGUUUAUUGACCUUCUUGGUUAUGUUUUAUUCAUUAGCAGUUGUGACAUUUGGUACAGCUGUUCCAGCUGGUCAAUUUGUUCCUGGGAUAAUGAUAGGAUCAACGUAUGGGCGUCUAGUUGGCAUGUUUGUUGUUAAAGUUUACAAGAAGCUCAACAUUGAAGAGGGAACAUAUGCACUACUCGGUGCGGCUUCUUUUCUUGGAGGUUCAAUGCGGAUGACAGUGUCUCUAUGUGUCAUUAUGGUUGAAAUCACCAAUAAUUUGAAACUUUUGCCUCUUAUCAUGCUUGUUCUUCUUAUUUCAAAGGCUGUUGGUGAUGCUUUCAAUGAAGGCCUGUAUGAAGAACAGGCACGAUUAAGGAGCAUUCCACUACUGGAAUCAAGACCCAAGUACCAAAUGCGGAAGAUGACUGCGAAGGAGGCCUCUGGAAAAAGGGUUAGGUCUUUCUUUCCUCGUGUUGUUAAGGUUGCAGAUGUGGUUUCAAUUUUGCGGAGCAACAACCAUAAUGGCUUCCCUGUGAUUGAUCAUGCAAGAAAUGGAGAAACACUUGUCAUUGGACUAAUGCUGCGUAGUCACUUGUUGGUACUUCUGCAGUCGAAGGUGGAUUUCCAGCAUAGUCCCUUGCCCUGUGAUCCAAGAGGAUCCAGGUCUAUCAGGCACACUAUAAGUGAAUUUGUGAAACCUGCUUCCAGUAAAGGAUUAUCUAUACAUGAUAUACGUCUUAGUUCAGAUGACUUGGAAAUGUACAUAGAUCUUGCCCCUUUUUUGAACCCAUCUCCUUACAUUGUCCCUGAGGAUAUGUCUUUGACAAAGGCGAGAAUUUCGUUGCAAUUCAUGACUUCCUAA